AUUUAAACGUCAUCACGCUGCGCUUCCUGCCUUGGACGUGUUGCAGGGAAAUCUCAACUUGUUUUCAUGUUUGUUAACGGGGGGUUUUCACGCGAAAUAAGGAUUUAACAAGUCCAGGUGUCCCUGGACUCUGCAGAUCCUCUUCUUCAGCGUCCAUGGAGUCAGAGAGGAGUGACUCACCGCCCUCGGGCUCUGCACCUGUAGCUGAAGUCUUCAACUCCAUCAGGGAGCGCUCCAUCGCAGAGAACAGCAUGGUUGUCCUGCUGCAGGGCCUGCAGGGCGAGGUGACCACGGUGGAGCUGAGGAACGAGAGCUCGGCGCGGGGCCGCGUGGUCAACGUGGACGCCUUCAUGAACGUACGUCUGGACGAUGUGACGUACAAAGACAGGCGGGGUAAAUCCAGCCAGCUGAAGGACAUGUUUAUCACAGGUAGGAACAUCCGCUAUGUCCACAUCCCAGACCACGUGGACAUAAUGAAGACCAUCGAGGGCCAUCUGGCCAAGAUCCACCGCGUGCGCAACUUUGGCAGUAAGGGAGGAGGCAGGAAAGAGUACGCCAAGAAAGCAAAAUAACGCCUAAACUUUUGAGUUACGCAAGACUAUUUUUAAAAACACAUGGAGGCAACAUACAACAACAACAACAACAACAAUAAUGUUAAGACAAGUAUCACAAUCCAGCAGUUUUCCACCUGAAGAUGAAAUAAAUGAUUGCAGGGACAAGAGCAAGAAAUAAAUCAGUUUUGGAUUCUUUUACUUUUUUUCUUCUAAAACCUUGUUUGAUAUGUCCCUCUUUGUUUGAGCUUCUCACACUUAAUGAGCAUACUAAAGGCCACCACCUGUAAUGAUGGGUUUGAUACAGGAUGAAAAAUAUCAGUAAAUCAUGAAUGACACUGGAUUUAUUUUUCGAGGACUGCAGCCAUGAUAGAUAAUUGAUUUUUUUUUGCUUUUUCUACAAAAUGUCAAAAACUGUGAAAGUGAUUGUUAUGAUUAUCCUGAGCCCAGUGACGUCUUCUAAUAUCCUGUUGUAUCCAAACAACACACACACAUAUUCAGUUUACACUGACAGGAAAGCUUUGACAAGAUUAUUUUUGGGUAUUUUUGCUUUUAAAAAUGAGAUCAACAUUUAAAGUUGUACAUGAAUUUUGUUUAAAUGGAUGAAUCAAUGGAAUAUGAUGAUGAUUGCGCCUCUUAACACAACAUAUGUAUUUUUAUGAAACACUGGAUUAGCUAAUGAGUUGAAUAUUAUCUCUGUUGGGACUUGGGGUUGUAACUGAAACAAAUGGUUUUAUUUACAGCAUUUUGAAAAAGUAAGAACAUUUUCGUAGCACAGACAGAAAUAAUGAAUAAAGAUGUUUGUGAUGAA